AUGUCAAAGGCCGUCAGCACCCUAUACGAGAUGCCCGGGUCCUCGGGCAGCGGCGCGGGAGCGUCCUUUGACGCAGCAGUGCAGCAAGUUCCACCCGUCGCCGUCGAGGCAGUCGUAGGCGACCAGUCCGCCCGCGUGCUCGACGAGGGUCUGAAAGGUCUCGAGGUUGUCGUGCGACGCGGCGAAGAAGAGCGCCGUCCAGCCGUACCACCGCGCGCGCUGGUCGUGGGACGCGCCGAGCUUGAGAAAGGCCUCGAUGUCGGCCGACGUGCCAAUGGCGGCGGCCCGGUGCAACGCCGUCCACCCCCUCUCGUCGCAGGCGUUGACCUCGGAAAAUCCGUUGGAGAGGCAGAGGCGCAGGAAAUCGAGCGACUUCUCGGGCCGCCCGUCGGCUACCCAGAGGUACGAGAGCACCGAGUACCCGUCGCUAUCAACGUGCUCGAUGUCGGCUCCCUGAGAGAGGAGGGUCCUAGAGAUAUCGAGGUGCCCAUGGAAGAACGAAGACUGAAGUGUUGUCCUAGCGGCCGGUGA